CCGCAGGCAUGCACUAAUUUUAAACCCUGACUUCAAGCACAGGUGCUUACGUUAGACAAAGGAGGCAGUGAUCCACGUACAAGCCCUCGUAGAUAUAAAUAUCUUCCUCUUCGACUUGACAGCACUCAUUCAACUGCACUGGACUUGAACCUUGGCAAAUAUGGCGGAAACACAAUUCCCUAUACCGACAGACUUCCAAGAUCAGGUCCACUUCGUUGAGCCCACCGAAAACCGAUCCGACGACGAGAUCCUCUCAUCCCUCACGAAACAUGUCCCUGUAACAAGCGAAAAGAAUAUCUGGGCAUAUUGGCACGCAGGUCUGCCAGCAAUGCCGCCAUGGUGUCAACGAAACAUAGUCGGUUGGAUGAAGAUCAACCCUGGCUGGACAAUUCGAGUCCUCGAUACCGUUCUGGACUCGCCGAAUCACGCGUUGAAGUUCGUUCCUCCCGAAAUGCUCCCAGAGACAUUUGUCAAGGGCACAAUGGACGGUCCUUACAAGGGACCGCACAGCGCAGACUUCCUUCGUGGCGCCUUGCUUUAUCUCCAUGGCGGAGCCUUCAUGGAUGUGGGAAUUAUCCUCUUCCGACCCAUGGAUCGAAUCUGCUGGGCACAACUCGAGGAUCCAAAAUCCCCGUUCCAAGUCAGCGUUCCAAACAUGUACGGAACGGUCAUGGCAAACCACUUCGUUGCGAGUCGGAAAGGAGAUCCAUUCAUCAAGCGCUGGCACGACCUUUUCGUCUAUCUGUGGAAAGGCCACGCGAAUUAUUCUGGCAUGAUUCAAAGCCCCCUCUUGUCGUUUGCCUUGGGUCUAGAUUUCUCGGAACCACAGAAACGCGGCUAUAACUGGGAAUUCAUCGUUGAGCCGCUCACGGUCUUCGAAUAUAUUACUCAAGUGACGGCUUUUCUUCGUCUCACCAUGCUCGAGGAUGCAGGAGACGGCUUCAGCUGCGCAGAUUAUUCAGUUAACAAUAUCCUUUGGUUUGACGCCCUGGAGGAAGAUUGGGGUGCAGAGACGAUAGUUGGUUAUCGUGGUGAAGAUGCUGCCAAUGCGCUGGCAACCAAGCUCGAUGCAGACCCGGACUCGGAGGAGUACAAGACGGCGUACAAGUUAGUGUGGAGACUCUUGACGAAGUCGAGCAUGCAAAAGAUCACCCACGGAAAAAAUCUCACGAAGACGCCGGCUUGGGGUCUCAUCUGGGACGAGAAGGGAAAUGAGAGUAAAGACAUCGAGCCUGGGACUUUUGCCGAGCUACUUCGAUACGGGGCGGUGCGAUUUGAGCAGGCAAGAGAAAGUAUCGAGUAUGUGCAGGCUGAGAAGCCUGCCCAGACUAUGAAGAAGGGAGUUUUUGAGCCCUGAGUUUAAUCGAGGUCUAGAAUCGUCAUUGCAUUACCUGGAAGGUGGAACUUUUCGUUCUAGUUUUUAGACUGUUAUUUAAUUUGUUCGAUGUCUGACGGGUCCGUAAUGUGAAGGCACAAGAGUCAUCCCCC